GUAAAACUACACAUUUUUCAGUUCGAUAAAACAUGCUUGAGGAAGGUUUACGAUACGAUGUAAAAUAACUAUGGCACGGACUAUAAAAGUUACACCUGGUCAACAAAAGAUAUGGUGCAUUGUUACUCAAAGAAAUGACAUUUCUUUUUCUUUUAAAUUUAAAGAAGAUGCGAAAGGCCAGGACGUCAUGGACGAGGUGUGCGAUCGAUUAGGUAUAGUAGAAAAAGAUUAUUUUGGUCUUCAAUACACCAAUUCUAGAGGAGAAAUACAUUGGCUAAAUAUGCGUAAUCGCAUAAGUCGACAAAUGAGUAAGCCUGAGCCCUACUCAAUGUUGUUUUGUGUCAAAUUCUAUGUACCACUUCAUCAUUUGUUACAAGAAUCAUCAAGACAUCAAUUUUUCUUAAAUGUGAAAUAUGAUUUACUUUGUGGAAGGUAUCACCCUCCUGAAGAGACAUUAAUUAGAUUGCAUGCUUUAUUGGCUCAGGCUGAAGCUGGAAAAUUUCGUGAAAAUCAUAUUAGUUAUAAUCCCUCAAGGAUGUCAUGUUGGAGUCCUGAAACUCGAUCAAAGAUUAUUCUUGAACACUGCAAAUUAAAUGACAUGUCAACAGAGAAUGCAGAGUAUUACUGUCUAAAGGAAGUUGCUGACCUUGAAGAUUAUGGUAUGGAGUAUUAUCAUGUUAAAUCAGAAGAUAAUACUAAAUCUAUGUUAUUUGGCAUUGGAAUUGAUUGCCUGAAAAUUGAACGCAGCAAUGAUGUAAUUCAAAGGGUUCCUUACACGUGUCUUCACAUGGCUACACACUCUGGUAAAACUGUUAAAGUUGAUAUUUACAUUACGGACAUAGGUGAUAUUGACAGUGUAAUAUAUAGAUUGAAUAGCAAAGAAGCUGCUUGUGCAUUAUAUCGAUCGAUCACAGAACAUCAUGCAUUUUAUCGAUGUGAUAGUGUUCGACCUGCUGUAAAGGAACAAGUUGCAAGAGAUUUCUUCGACACUGUUUUGUCUUGGUUUCAUGAUGAUAACAAUUUAGAUCAGAACUAUAUUUUUGAUACGGAAAGGACUUGUAGAGAAGCUUAUGACAAUGCAAGAAGGAUUUUAUAUAACUUUGGUGCCACUACUGCUGCUGCUAUGACUUGUCAAAGUGAUAGCCAUAAUUCUAAAAUCUUUUCUAAAGAGGAAUCUGUUCUUGAAGACGAAAUAACAAACUUAACAGAUACACUACAUUUGUAUAAGGAAUCGUUUAAUUGCCCAGUGUGUCGUGACACAAUUGUUGACACUGUACUGCAAUGUGGGCAUCUUGUUUGCUCUAUGUGCAGCGGAUAUUGUGAAAAAUGUCCACUAUGCAGGGCACAGAUAACUGCAAAAACGAAAUGUUAUUUACCAGUAAACCUUAAUGGCGACACAGUUGAGAAGCUUGAUGACGACACAUGCGGAAAGAGUGAACAAAAAGUAGAAGUUUUGGAAAGUGCAAUGUGAAUGGAUUUUCAUAAACCAGCUUUUAGAAAUCGUUUUUGUUUCCUAUGUAGGAGUGGAUUGAGAAUUUUUUGGUUUCAUUUCGAAGUUCUUGAACAUCUGCCGGGUCAUUUGUUUAAGACAGAACUGAUUUCCAUAAAAUAUUCUCCUUUUAAUAGAACCUCUAUUAUAUAAAUAUAUAUACUUUUAUAAAACUUUCAUCAUGGAAGAUUGUAUUAUUUAAUAAAAGAAAAAAACAUGGUUUAAUAAGCACAUGUACUAUGUACAGUAUAUAAAGUUUCCAUUUUUGUUUGCCAUUAGCUAGUAUAUCCUGCUGCAUAUAACCUUUUUGACAGCUUUUGAAAGACUAAUGUUUUGCAUUUAGUUAGGAUAUACUAUGCUAGUUAUACCUGUUUUGAUUUUUUAAUUUGUUAUUUCUUAUUUGUGUGAUUUAACACAUGUAUUUUUAGAAAGUAAUGUUAUAAAUUUUUGUUAUUAUUUAAAUUACCGUGGAUGUGGAAAAUUCCAAACCUAAAAAUUAAAUGAAGACAGAGAAAUUGAGGCUUUGAAAUGUUUUAGAUUUAACCUUUUUUGCAUUUUUAUGAAUUAAGUUGGGAACUCAAUUUUUUAAAAAUAGUAUUUGACUUAUUUCUGUGUGAGAGUAUUAUUUUGUUUUUGUGGCUUUUUUUUGUUAGUAAUAGCAAUAAAGUGUUAUAUAAAGCUAACCACAUUGAUCUUAUCUUGUCCUAAUGACAAAAACAAGUCCAGAAAAACUUAGAGAAUUAUUUAUGUGGUGGUAAAAAUAGCAUGAUUAAUAAUUCAGCAACCUGCUGUUUUGCUGUGUCCAUGAACUGUCAAUGACUAAAAUUAAAUUGUGUUUGUGUUCACUUCACAGUUGUCCUUCCUAUAAAAUUUUAAAUAUUUUGUUAGUAAGACUUGUCAUGUAAUUGUUCGUUGUCCGUAUUUUUAGAUGUGUUAUAUAUAGUUAUUUUUUAAAAAAUGAAAAUUUUAUUUUAUUUUUUUCUUGAACUCUAAUUGGAUUUGAAAAGUAUAACUUAAUAACCCGUGCUUUACUCAUGCUGAUUUGAAAUGACAUUUUCUGUUGUUACUCCUUGGUUUUUAUUGUUAAGCUUGCCAUCUCUGUUUUCGUGAGACAUUGCGUUUUUUUAUUCGAUUGGUUAUAAUGUAAUAGUAAAUUUUAACAGUAUCUGUAUUCCGUAGAACUAAACACUAAAAAAAAGUUCCAAUCA